UCCCAAAGUUUCUGUAUGCAAAUCCGAGCAGUAUUUUACAUUUUCGCUGUAAUAUGGAAAAAAUUAUCAGUAAACCUCAAACUCAGCGCACGCACUGAAGAAUCAAAUGAGCAGGAUCGCGAUUUGUCACUUGUUUCGCGCCCACUGUGACUUUGCCUUCAUAAAAAUUGAACUUGAUAUUGACAUUGCGCGAUCACACGUAUUGUUCUAAAAUGCGAUUUGCAAUGUUUUCAAAUGAAAUUGGUAAUUUAUGUUUUAAAAAUUGUUAUUAUCAAUUGUGCAGUGGUGUAGGUAUGUGAAGGUGUUAAUUAAGUGUGCAAAUAUGAUUAAUAUGUGUGAAUGUAAUAAUUGUCGGUAAUUACUUGUACAGGAAUUGUAAAAAGUAUUGUGAUUUUUAGUGUGAUAUUAUUGAUUAUUAAGAAAGAAGUUAGUUAAAAUUAUUAGGAUAAAAUAAUUAUUCUACCUCUAUAAGAAGAAAACUCUCCACAAAGGUCGCUCAGAUUCUAAAUUUCUACAUCUAAGAAAAGAAUUUAUUUAUUACAUAUUAACUUAUUUAUUUAUUGUGAUACCUACGUAAUACUCGUAUAGUAAAUUUAAGCCACCAAUCGUACAGAAUGGCGCACACGACGGAACUGGUUUUAAUUUAUUUGACAAUACUGAAGAUGUCAGUUUCAAGAUCUCAAAACCUCGACAGUCCUUGUCCAAGCGUCUUUCAAUACAGGUAUGAUCGACAGAUUGGAUUAUACGGGGAAGUCAGUAUCAUUGUUGAUCCGACCAAUUUCUUGCAGAUGAAUCUUCAAAUGUCCAUUGGUAAUGCAGUAAGGGGUAAUGGAAAAUUGGAAAUGUCCAGACCGAAAGACGUCGCCGAUAACAUGAUGAACCACCGACCCAUAGUUUACCACCUAUUUUUUCCCGCUUGGACUGGAAUACCGCCGAAAAUUACGCAGAUCCUUGUCAAUGGGAAACUAAUCUGUAGCGGAUCCAAAAUUCCAAUAAACUUAGUGCCAAUAAUAACCACUGUCAACCUCCAACAUACUUUUCGAAUCAACGUACAAUCUAUACCCUCGCCAAACGUACCCCCCGAUAACAACUUCAUCCACAACACCCCCAAGAAAGAGUUCUCCAUGGACGAACUUCCGGACACAAGAUUCGACUUCUACGAUAAUAAUCCACCGUACAAACCGCAAGCCGACGAAACUUUAGACGAAUUCGGCAGACCAAGGCGACCUACUCAAGUAAACGUGGAAAAAAAUCGGUUCAACUUCAACCCCACGCCCCCGCCAAAUAGAUUUAAUUUCAACCCGACGCCGAACGGAGGGGGCGGUACCAGAGUACAGAGUCCGGCGGAAGUGUACAAGACAAAUCCGUUUUUCAGGAAUAUUACCACAGAGGAUACAAAUGGAAUCCCACCACAUUCAACUCAACCACAACCGCUACCAACGCAACCAAAACCGCAAUCAACUGCAACCGUUAUACAUACAAACCCGCCACAAAACUCUCCAGAUUUGACAUUCAGUUUCAUGGACGACAUUGAUGUAGUGUCCAAAGACAGCACGCAGCCUAUUAGGCCCUUCGAUGAAGUGUGCGGACAAACCAUAACUACGAAUCAUUUGAUAUUCGAUGGACAUGUGGUCCCCAGGGGGGCUUAUCCAUGGUUAGUGGCUAUAUUUUUGGUUAAAACGACCGGUCUAAAUUACAUUUGCAGUGGAUCGCUUAUUUCCAAUAGGCAUGUUGUAACAGCGGCACAUUGUGUCAAAACAGAUCAUAAGAAACUCCGUCCCAACGAACUGGUGCUGAUUCUAGGAAAACUCAACAUACAAAAAUGGAUUCCAGUGAACGGAGAAAAGAUUGUAGAACCAACCGCCAUUUAUAUCCAUCCCGAUUACGAAAGUCUUACUAGCGAUGCGGACAUAGCGAUUAUUAUUCUUAGUGAUUUUCUUCAGUUUACGAAGUACAUCAGACCUAUUUGUCUUUGGAGAGGAGAUACAAAUCUCGAAAGAGUCGUUGGACAUGCGGGCACAGUAGUAGGCUGGGGUAAAGACGAAAGCGGCGUGCUAAUGACUGAGGAACCAAAACAGACCAAUCUGCCAGUAGUAAGCCAGGAAAAGUGCCUUGCAAGUAACUACCAGUUUCAUUACAUCACAUCUAAUAGGACUUUUUGUGCAGGUUUCCGAAAUGGUACAGGACCAUGCAAUGGAGACAGCGGCGGCGGUUUCAUCAUGAAAUGGGACGGAAAAUGGAUGUUAAGGGGUAUCGUUUCGUUAUCCAUAUCGGAGACGACCACAAAAAGUUGCGAUCUAUCGAAUUACGUAGUUUUCUGUGAUGCCAGCAAAUACAUAAAUUGGAUGCUGUCCUUUCUUAAAUAAAGUUUUAAAUUAU